AUGGUGAUAAGCUUGUUGGUGGAUUACUUGGAAGACCUGAGCUUUCAGUCACAAAUUGAUGAGAAGCCAUGGAUGAACCAACUUGUUGCUAUUACCUGUCUUUCUUUAGCUGUAAAAGUUGAAGAGACCCAAGUUCCUUUACUUCUAGAUCUCCAAAUGGAGCAAUCAUCAAGAUACUUGUUUGAGCCAAGAACAAUUCAAAGAAUGGAGCUAUUGGUACUUUCUACACUCAAGUGGAAGAUGAAUCCAGUAACCCCAUUUUCAUUUCUUGAUUACUUCUCCAGAAGGCUUGGAUUAAAUAACAACAUUUGUUAUGAACUUCUUAGGAGAUGUGAGAGUGUGCUUCUAGCCACCAUUACUGAUUGUAGAUUUAUGUGUUGUCUUCCUUCUGCUAUGGCUGCUGCUACAAUUUUACAUGUUAUUGAUAUGCUAGAGCCUUGCAUUGGAGGGGAUUACCAAAAACAACUUUUGGGCAUUCUUGGAAUAGUCAAGGAAAAUGUGACAGAUUGUUAUAAGCUAAUCCAGGAAGUGGCUUCCAACAUUGAUUUCAACUCAAACAAACGCAAAUAUGGUGCAUUGCCAGGAAGUCCCAUAGGUGUUAUGGAUGUAUCAUUCAGUUCUGAUAGCUCCAAUGACUCGUGGGCAGUGGAUGCAUCCGUUUCUUAUUCUCCAGAGCCAUCGUCAAAGAAGACUAAAACAUAAACGUUACCAGAAGAAAAAGGGAUACUGCA